GGCAGUUCCAGCAGCGCCAGCGACCACAGUUCUUCUAGCAGUUCUAGCAAUGCUAGCGACUACAGCGACUACAGCGACUACAGCACCUCUGGCACCUCUAGAAGUUCCACUAAAGACACCAUGUCACGGGUCCCAUCUUCAUCGCCUGUACUGAGCGAGAAACCUGCUUCCAAGGACUCUCCAUACAUUUCGACUUCUUUUACAUCAUCCACAGGUACGCAAUCGUCCACGGAGUCUGGACUUGACUUGUUCCAGUUCCCAAUGCCAGCAGUCGUCGGUGAUCUCAACGAUCAUCCUGGGUCUGGAUAGUUUGGGUACUUGACACUCGAUAUCUAGGAAACAGCUCUUGAUCACGAGUUGAAUGGACGCAAAGUGCGCCUGUGGUUACUGCUCUCAAUCCUAAUUCUGCUUCCCGCUUUGUACGCGUGGAAGAUGGGCGGAGCUCCUGCAUCGAUUGCUCCUGAAUCAGAAGCUCCGGCAGCGAACACUUCAGCUCCAGGCUGCUAUUGGCAAACGUUCCUGAAUGCUCUGAGGUCAGCGAAAGUACAAUCCAAUCUGUGGGCUCAAAACCUGGUCUGGGGUGGUGAACAUCAUGAAUAUGCCCAAGUCGCGCGGGUGAACGCACUCUGGUUCACCUGCAUGGUUGGUGCUCGAUAUCUACUUUGGCCUCUUCUGGAAUGGGGAUUAUCCGCUGCUCUCACACAGUUCACAAAGUACCACAACUCUGAUGCCACAGCUCCAGCACUUGGCUUCACUUCGUCAUCUCCGCCAGGUCCUUCUGCCACUGUUGACAUCUCGAACAACAUCAUCACCGCAGCUCUCGAUUGGAUGCGGCAGAUCAAUAACCGCACCGCGUCCGCAUUUCACACUCGCUCAGAUCCGACUGGCUCAUAUGAUCCCUUUUCUACACCAUCAUCUCGUGUUGAGAUCGUGUGCAAAUGGAUCUUGCGCAUGGUCAUGUGCCGCAAAUUUAUGCGCCUGGCGAUCUCAAACUCAGCCCUCGGAGACUUUAAAAACUGUUAUGAUGCAGCGUGGGCACGUCCCAUAUCACCUUCAGGCACAUACAAUUCGGCGCUUCACUUUGGCUGGACAGCGUCGAUCUGUUCUGUCGUUGAGAGAAUCAUCAUUAGCGGCAUGCUGUUCAAACUUUUUCAAGUGCAGGUGCAUUCCAUCGUGGAUCCUAUACAUCAAGUCGUGGGUUGCCUUCCGUGGUAUUCGCGGAUUAGCGGCGAACUUUGCCCCUUGUGGGUGUGGAAAGUCAACAGCAGUAUCUUCCACAUCCUCACUCCUACAGGCCUUUCCGCGGUGAUUGCGCUCAAUAUUUUUGCCCUUGCACAUUGGUCUACACCACGAAGAACGAAUGCCGGACUAGUGCUUGGGAAGAUCGCUACGAUCUUGGCCCUUACCCACAUCAAUAAGUGGUACUCCUUUGUGCCCAUGAUAGCAUUCUACUCGCCGGUCCUGCAGCCGCCCACCCGGUUCAUGCUUGCAAAACGCUUUAUGCUCAAGACAUAUCUGCUCGUUGUUCCUAUUACAUUGCUUCUGAAAUUUACAUGGGUCACUGGUUCCUACCAGGCUGCAGAGAACUGGAUGUUCAUAACGGGUACGGCGGUAAUCUUGACUUUGGCCAAGGAGUCAGUCGAGCCGAAGUGGAAUGCCUUGCUGCAGUGGCUGAGGAUUGCGCCGUGGGAUAUAAAUAUCGGACGUACGCAGCAGGCUCGAGGAGCAGGGGUGGCUGGUAGAGAAGCUAAGGAAAAUGAGUAGGCUUCAGGGUAUGAGUCUUCUGUAAACAGGGCCGCUGGCGAGUCGAAGAAUGAAAUGUUUGAAUGACACUAAA